CCUAAAAAUUUUAAGGGAACUUGUCAUAAUAUUGUUAUUUAAAUUAAAUCUUAAAUAAAUCUGCUUGAAAAUAAAAAGUUUAAUUCGAGCAUAAUUGAUUAAACCGCGGUCGCAUACUAAUAAUUUAAAGUAACAGUUAAUACAUCAUUUUAGAAUCCUUAGGUAAAAAUGAUUCUUCAGAGAUACCUCCAUCACAUUACUAAACAGUGUCUUACAAGACAGUGUGUCAUUCAGUCAAAUUACAAGCAGUCAUAUUGUGAAUUAAAACAUAAUUACAGCACCAAUAUCAAAGAAAGGAAGUUUACAGAUCGCCAUGAAUGGGUAGUAGUUGAAAAUAAUAUUGGAACUGUUGGGAUAAGUAGUUACGCACAAGAGUCUUUGGGGGAUGUAGUGUUUGCACAGCUCCCAGAUCCUGGGACAGAGAUAAAAGAAGGAGAUGAAUGUGGAGCAUUGGAGAGUGUAAAAGCAGCUAGUGAAAUUUAUUCACCAGUAAGUGGUACAGUUACAGAGAAAAAUAGUGAUGUAGAAAAGAAACCAGGCUUAAUAAACACAUCUUGUUAUGACAAAGGAUGGCUGUUUAAAUUGAAGCUCACUAAGCCUGAUGAACUUAAAGAACUCAUGACUGAGGCCCAAUAUGAAGAAUUCUUAAAGACAGAUGUAGAAAAAGAUCACUAAUAUAUUAUUUAUUAAUAAUGAUUUGCAAUUUAGUGGUUAGGUAUUUUAUUUCCCUUUUGAGGCACUGAUUCAAUGUUGUAAAAAUUUAAAUAAAGAACUAUAAA